CUUAGCAUUAGCAAGUCCUUUCAAUAAUCUGUGAAUUGCUAUGCAAAAUAAGCGAAAAAUCACUGACACAAUGUUAAAAAAGUAACAAUAAUAUUCACUAUAACGAUUAGAGUAAAUGAUGAAUUAAGUUAAUUUAUUUUUUUAUUAUAUUUUCUAUCUAUCUUAUAAGCUACUCAAACACGCAGUGUUUUUAGAUGGCGCAGCAUUAUCUUCAGAUCACAGAGCUGUGCUUCACAAACAGUCUGUGCUAAAAACAUAAUCGCUGCCUUUGCUAUUACACAAUAACACUAUAGAGAUCAAUUUAACCAUGAUGACAAGUGUGAUUAAUUUAGCAGCCAUAGAUGUUAAAAAGUACAUAUUAAGAGAUCAUGUAACUUAUAUUUCAUACAUUAAUAAUGUUUUUACAUCUUGUGUGUAAACUUGUUGUUGGACACUCCAUAAACCAAAAUAGGACCUUAAAUAUCAAGGAAUAUUUGCUCUUUAAUGUUUUUUAUCCUACUUGAUUUUGUUGCUGUAAUUAAUGAAGUUUUAUUUGAUGAAUGUUUAAUUAAUUCAUCAUGUUUAAGUGAACUAAAUUAAUUGUUUAUGAGUCGGAUGAAUCGGUUGAUUAUUUAAAGUUUAAAACAGAUACUUGAUACUGUCAAUCACAAAGUUCUUUUAUCUAGAUUAACAUAUUUCAAUUUCUCUGAACAAGCCCUCAACUGGAUAAAAUCAAACCUGUCCAGUAGAACGCAAUGUGUCUCAUUCUGUGAAUGUCCAGUCGGGGUCCCCCAAGGCUUCAUACUUGGUCCAAUGCUGUUUACAUUGUAUAUAAAUGAUCUACCAGAGGCAUGUAAAGAUGUUGAUGUUCAGAUGUAUGCAGACUAUGCAGUAACCUUCACAUAUGCCAAGAACUACCAAGAGAUAAAAACUAUGUGGUAUUUUAGUGCGCAUGCCCAGUAGAGGUAUCUGUAUCCCUUUAAGUCAAAACCCACAAACUAGCGUCAAACGGAAAGCUGAGCUCAGAGAACGGAAAUGUGACAUCUUGUGUGUUUAUCAACAUUAGAGCAGCAUGUAGUGAGAACGUGUGUAUAAAGUAUUGGUGACCAGUAGAUUAUUUUGCGUUAUUCUGUGUCUACACCUGAUUCUGAAGCAGUGACGGCAAAAUAAUUAAGGAUCUACAGACACAUUUUUAUUCAUCAGUUUAAACUGAAGAGCGAAGACUUGUAAUUAAGUCAACAGGAAGUAGAAGCGUGUGGUGUUAUUCAGGCUGUGUGAGUGAGUGCCUCAGAGGUGCAAAUACUACAUAGUUUCAUAAAAUCAACGGAUUAUCUCCAUUCAAUCAUUUGGUACUCAAAGGAAUAAACAGAAAAAUGAAGAUCAGGAUUGUGUGUUUAUUACUCGUGUGCGGUGUGUUUAGUGUUGAUGCAGAUGAAGUGAAGUCAGUGUCAGUGAUGGAGGGAGAUUCUGUCACACUACACACUGAUCUCACUGUCAUACAGACAUCUGAUGUGAUACUGUGGAGGUUUGGAGAAGGUGAAUCCAGGGAUCUUUUAGUUGAUAUUGAUAAAAACUGUUUCGCAUAUAAUGGUCCAUUCAAAGACAGACUUCAUACAGACAUUCAGACUGGAGAUCUCACCAUCACAAACAUGAGAAUCAAACACUCUGGACCCUAUGAAGUACAGAUCAACAGAGCUGGAACAACAUACAAGAGAUUCAGAGUUAAUGUCACAGUUGCUCCAAGUGUUGUCAGUGCUGGUGAUGUGAAGUCAGUGACUGAGGGAGAUUCUGUGACUCUACACACUGAUGUCCAAACACAGAGAGAUGAUCUGAUACUGUGGAGGUUUGGAGAUGAUGGUGUUCUCAUAGCUAAACAUGAUAAAGAAGAAAGUACGAGCUCAAUAUAUGAUGAUGUUCUUGAUGGGAGAUUCAGAGACAGAAUGGAGGUGGAUCCUCACACUGGAUCUCUCAUCAUCACAAACACUAAAACCACAGACACUGGACUUUAUAGACUAAAGAUCAGCAGCAAUAGAGACACAAAAUACAAGACAUUCAGUGUUUCUGUCAGUGAUAGAGGUCUAUCUUCAGGAGGUGUAGUUGGAAUAGUGUUUGUUGUCCUGCUGUGUAUUGUUGUUGGUGGGAUUGUUUUUCGCCGCAUUAAUUAUGAACUUCAGAAACAAAAGGUUAAAGAAAAGACAGUGAUUGAGAACAAGAGUUCUGUCACUCUUGAGUCUGAUGUCACUGAACUCCAGUCUGAUGAUGUGAUCGAGUGGAGCUUUAGAGAUAAAGUGAUAGUCAUAUUCAGUAUGAACAACAAGCUCUUUACUGAUGAACAGAGACUCAGAGACAGACUGCAGGUGGAUGAUCAGACUGGAUCUCUCAUCAUCACAAACAUCAGAACAGAAGACGCUGGACUGUAUAAAGUAAAGAUCAGCAGCAGCAGUCGACUGAAAUCAUUCCUUCAGUUCAUCACAGGUGGAGGACCAUCAUACUAUCAAUUCAGUGUUAUUGUCACAGAUGAAGAGAGGACAGAAGCAGAAGUGUUGGCAGAUUCUGUUUCUCCAGAGAUUGAUGUUACUGAAAGGGAGACUGGUGAUGUGAGAGCAGAUGCUUCAUCUACUGUUUAUGUCAGGUAUGUUGUGACAGAUUCAGCAGGAUCAGCAGAAGAUGACUCCCCAACAGUUGUGAAUCCUUUACUGAAUGAAGCAGAAGAUAGAUGCUCAACAUCACUUCUGUUCCAUCAUCUAAAGCAGCGUGUCUCGAUGGAAGCAACAUGUUUUAAUUCAGAUAUUCUUUGUGGAUUAUCCAGUCAGGAUUAAAUGUUUACCUGCAGAACAUUUCGUUAUGGAGCUAGAGGAUGUGGUUUUAAUGAAGCCUUGAAUGUUUUUGACCACACACGCACACACCAUGUGAUAAUUUCAGCCAAUCACAGCAUGUUCAGCAGUUGAGCGUGACAGUGAGCACCGCAAGAUAUGCUCACAGUCCCCGUGACGUGCAUACAAAAUUCUGCUGCUUCACGCCGGAGAAAACUCUUUGCACCACUCACAACCAAAUAUUGAGAAACAUAUCAAUAAGUUGUUAUUCUCCUCGAGAUGCGAGCACCACCGUCUGUAUGAAACGUUUGGAAAAGUGUGUACUUUUACUCUUACUUGAGUGUUUCUCUUAAAGAAAUCUGUACUUUUACUUCAUUACACUACGUGACGUUCCUUCAUCCCUGAGUGAAUGAUUCUUUUGAGUCGAUUCUUUUCAAAGCAUUUAUUGAACACUGGAGGAAACCAGCGGAACAGUUUCAUGAAUCAUUUCAAAUCAUUUGUCCAUAUAUUCCACUCAAGAGUUUUUCAUUUAACACUCACUCCUCACAGCCUGUGUCUGCACGCUCUCUGGAGAAGACAAAUCUGGAUAAGCUACUGCUUAAUCUAUAUAUAUAAUAUUUUAGUUUUUAAUGCGUAGUCUGUCAUAAUGUAUUGUUUUAUUACUUUUUGACUACUGUUACAGUAUUUUUGUAAGUCUGACUGAAACCUUUCUCUUUUAACACAAAAUAAGCUGUUAUUACACUUUCAAUGUCUUUCCAAAAAAAACGGAGUUUUGAAAAGUGUUUAUGUUCUGCAGACAACUAGUAUAGAGUUUAUUUCUAUUUCCAGCACUGUGUCAUAAGAGGUUCUUGUAAAUAUUAACUGUAAUAUGCAACUACUAAAACAAGAUGGAAACGACCAAACUAUGGGACGUGUGACAGAACAAACGGCUCAUAAUAUUCUUUUUAAUACUUUUUUGUACAAAAAUAAAAAAUUUGAUGAAGUAA